AUGUCCCAGGACCAGGACUACAUGGAUAACACGGACGUUUUUGAAAACCCUCAUGAAGUCCAAACAGAAGGUAACCCCUUAAAUACAAUUAACACAAAUAAACUACAUCCCUUUGAUAUUUCUUUAAAAAAAAGAGUGAGAGAUGAAAAUCUAUCCGACCAAGACUCAGACACAUCUACGUCGACUUCUAAAAAAGCUAAUAUAACUGCGACUCCACCCAAUUACUCAGACUUAAUUAAAAACAAAUACAACCAAGACAAUAAAGGAUCUUACGAACUUAUCAUUGAACAUGACAAGACCAGCCAUCUUUCUCCACCUACACAUUACCUAUCACUCUGCAAGUUAAUUACUGAUACACUAAAGAAAAACAACGCAAUUCAGUAUCUUAAAAACAUGAAACAAAUAGGUAAGAAAGCAGCAAUAAUACUAAACUCUAGAACGACAGCAAACUUGCUAGUCAAUCACAAAGACUUUAAAGAACACGGCCUCAUUGCAUACAUACCCGUCCACAGAAUGGUAUGCUAUGGUAUCAUUAAGGAUGUACCAGUCGAUUUCCCCAUGGAAGAUCUAAAAGAAGGUACACAGUCGAUAGUUGAAAUUAUGGCAUUCGAAAGAUGCCAAAGAGCAGUGAUGGAAAACAACGCUCGAAGAUAUGUCCCAUCGAAAACGAUAAAAGUUACUUUCGCUGGACAAAUUCGCCCUAACCAUGUAAGCAUCUAUAAUGCCAUUCAUAAAGUCUAUGUCUAUGUCGCGCCAGUUAAGCGGUGCACCAAUUGCUUACGUUUCAAUCACCCCUCCAAGGAAUGUUCCCACCCCUCAAGAUGCAGACACUGUGGAGAAAACAAAAAUAACCAUCCAGAAGACAACUCAUGCCCAUAUAUCAACUUACCGCCAAAGUGUGCUAACUGCAAAGGAGCUCAUGAAUCAAUGAGCUCAAAUCGCCCAGCACUUGAUUACCUCAAAUCACUAUACAACUGUGUUGCUAUUAAUAACAUCAGCUAUGCGGAAACCAAAAACAGGCUCAAAUCCAAUAAUAACUACUCUGCAAACUCUCUUAAUUAUGCAGACUCAUGA